AUGCCCGCUACAUCUCGCAGAUCCACGCGGCUCAGCACAUCGAACCAAGCCGAUGCCCUUGCCUCGUCGACAUCGUCCAAGAGCAAAACCGCCUCCUCCUCCUCUUCCUCCUCCUCCACAUCAUCUUUGACUCGCAUCUCGGCCGCAUCUUCCGGCGUCAUCCCAACUGUAGUCGCACGCAAUGCCUCCAAUAAAAAGAUCAAUCGAAACGAGCGUCGUCUCGAAGACGUUCUCGAUAACACCAUGGUCGCUGAUGACGUCCGUAGAGUGGACAUCAGCAUGGGCGCUUUUGAGCCAGUAAAGCAAUCUUCCACCAUGUCCAAGCCAACCAGGCAAGACGCUGAAGCUGGCGCUCGCAAACUCAAGCAAGCAUCAGGCCGGCGCGACGAACCCCCAAAACUGAAGCGCAAGCUUCGUCAAACACUGGGCGACGAGUCCGACGAUGAUUUUGUCUUUAGCCGGGAACCUCGCCGAAGCGACCAGGCUGCCACAUCCUCGUCGUCGUCAUCAUCUGCCCCGGCUUCUACAGCAACUCGAGUACACGCAUCUCGAAACGGUGCGCCGACAUUGUUGUCCAGCCGCACCGUCUUUGAGCCGCUACCCGACGAAGCCGGAGGCGAGACACCUAUCAUCAGAAGGAAUCAGGCAUUUCGUGCCGGGCUCGAAAACAAGCCGCGUCGUCCAACCGGCCGCGAAGCUGAACAACAGUCGCGCCGCAGCAGUCUCAAUCUUAAAGGCCAACGACGUGUCUCGUCGCUACGUGACGGCACCGCAGCUUAUCCCCAUGACGACGUACCAGACUACGAGUUGUAUCGACAUUGCAGCGAUCAGCUCCCUCCCGUCGUUCGCAUGAAGCAUCUCGUUGGCUGGAUCAUAAAGCGCUCACUCGGCAUCGCCACCGGCAAGGCAGAACUGCCGAUGCGACCUCGUGAUGCAGCAAAGAGGUCCAAAGGAAAGGCAAAAGAGUCCAACGAGCUUCCCGUCUUUACCGAGGCCGAGCUGAAUCUCAUGCGAUCAAAGCAUUCUGAGCUGACAGCUGUGCUAGAGCAGCUCUUGAACGACUUGAACGAAGGCGUCUUUGGCAUCAGCUGGAUGGGCCACAACGACGAGACGGACAAAAAGCAUCUGCAGCCGCAUCCACGAAACGAGUCGAACCGCAAAGCAGCUGCGCAACUGACCGCCAUUGUCGAGGCCAUGCGCAGCGAAUCGCAAGCUUGGAGCAAAGAGCUUACAAGGCUCCAAGACUACGAGGCUGAAACCGCCAGGCUAGAGGCACUGCUCCAAGACGACCGUGCAGCAGAGUCGAGUGACGUGAUAGCUUGGAAUAGUCAGGAUUUGGACGAAGCUGGUUUGCAGCAGCUGCGUGAUGCCGAGGCUGCCAUCGAGUGGCUUGGCCGAUUACAGCGAGACAGCACUACCGAGAUGGCCAAAGCGAAACCCCGUUCCAGGGCGCGCUCAUCGAAAGCGGCCAACGCACGACAAGACGACGAAGCGGAUCUCAGAGGCACCGAGCAUGACGCGCGCUGGAGCGAUGUCGAAUUCAACGUCGAUCUCUUGCGUUCUCAAUCGCAUCAAUUCGCACAACUCGAAUCACUCGCGAGCAGAUACGUCCGCACAGUCUCUGCGCAUGCCGCACAAGCGCUUCGCGAUCGCACUUCGUCGAGCAGCGCACUUGCAGCCACCUCGUCCUCCAGCGCCAAACGUGGGCGUCGCAAGGCGGUCGCCAGGGGAGGUGGUGGCGGUGGCGGAGGCAACGAACGUCUCGAGGUGCUUCUUAGCGGCGUACGCGAGUCGCGUUCCAUCUCGCAACCUACAACCGGCACGCGCUCGGCAGCCGAGCAAAGCGCAGCCGAUGUGAGCGCGAGCAUAUUGGCCGUCGAACCGGACGAGAGUGAUCCCACAGACCUGCUGAGAGCCCUAGCGCGGAUGCGAGACUAA